UGCGAGUGCAAGCAAUGACGUUGUUCCUUAGGCAACCAACAUCCCAACAUCUUGGAAACCUAACAGACCAGGAGUCAUGACUUUCCCGUAUCCCAACUUAUCGCCCAAAUCACUACCUCAAUAUCUUGAAGACAGCCACUCACUUUCAUUAUUCUUUCCGAAAACCGCCAGAUCGCCACAGCAUCAUAAUUCAAAAGUCGAUAGAUAUUGGAUUGGAGAAAAGGAAACAACUUCAUCAACAACUAUAAUGUUGCAGUUUUCAUGACUCUUAUGUCAGUAAAACGACAUUUCUGAUUCUCCUUUCGAGACAUUGAUCUGGGUUAUUUUUACGUCUGUGGAACAUCUUUGACUGUUCAUCUAUAUGUCCUAUACAAGAUAGGAAGUAGAAUCAUAUAAACGCGAUUCUGACAUGCAAAUAUAACCUGAAGUUUAACCUGAAUGUCAUCAUCGCCAAGGACAGUUGUUUAAUGAAGCCUCGUCACAGAUAUUCGGAUCUACUUCGACUUAUGGAUCUUCAGGAUCAUUGAUCAUCUUUAUAAAUAUAUGAAAUUUUUAUAACUCAGUGACUGCUUUUGUGGAUUCGCCAAUUUGCCAGGAUGCCUCUGGCCACGGAGCCGGUCAACUUCACCUGGUCCCUUCCUGCGCUGACCUGCAGACAUGGGGUCUCAGCCAAGGAUGCUGACUUCAGAGGAGAGUUCUUCCAAAAGGUCAAAGAGACCAAGACCACCCUCGACCGCAUCUACCUGUCAUCGCUCACCAGAAACAGAGAAAAGGCCAUCAUCUACGACUACGAGAAAUGGGCGCGAAAAGGCGGGAAACAGUUAGAAAAGAAAUUAGAGAACAUUUCGCAGUCAUUUGCGUCGAAACAUCGACCGGAUCUUGUACGAGGACCUAUCCGCCCGCUUGGGGUUGACGACCGUAAGAUUGAAGCAGCGUUACAGUGUGGCCUCUGGGACGAUGGUAAGUCGCAACUUAAGAAGAAAAGCGUCAAGAUACCGCACAUCAUGACUCGUGUCCAAUGUUAUGAUUUAGAUGAUGACGACCAGAGUGACAUGGAAAGACUGAACCCAGAGGGCGCUGCAUUCACCCUGGACAGUUCGAAAGUAUUCAGGGUGAUGCAAGAAGAGACCCGGGAGCAGGCCAAUCGGAGACUGAAGAAGGGUAAAUGCGGGGGUCGGAAGAUAAAGAAACAAGGACGACAGGUCUCUCCUUCCAUGAACGAUCACGUGGUCGAAUCCGAGGAUGAUUACACUUCUUCUUACAAAGUUAACAGUGAGGAGGAGCAUUCGAAAAGAAGUGGUGGUAUCGUGACGAAAGUGACACACAGACAGAACCUUGAUUUCUCGACUAUUAAAGAGCGUGGUGUAACACAGAGUGAUACUGUUGAGUACCGGCUCCCAAAACUUUACAGUAAACCUAUCAACAUAGAGACUGAAGAACAAGAACCCAUCGAAGAUGAGUUGAAACUUCCCCUACUGGAGGGUGUCAAGAAAAUUCACCCUGUAGUAAAGAAGAAGAGAAGCAAUCAUUGCAAGAAACUGUCUAGAUGUAGACGUAAGAAGAAGUCAGAGAAAGAGAAGGGCAAUGAAUCCUCACAGAGGCUGGACAUCGAUGACGAUAUAGAGACAGAGCUGGCCCUGGUGACGCCAGUCUUGGAGGAUGUAUCAAGCAAACUGUCUGAUAUAUCUCGAGGAAGGAGCAACGUUAACAAAAACAAGACCGUCAAAAAUAGGUUGAUGUGCAAAAAGGAAAACGAAGAGGCUCCCCUGACUGACUUUCCAUUCAUGUCAAUGGGGAUUGACGAGUCAUCCUCGGACGAAGAAUGCCUGUGUGACGAAUGCCUCGCAGAGAUGUCGCCACCAUCAACGGAUAAGAAACCGAUGAAAUCUAUUCUUUCGCCACGGCGAAGAAAACGUAGAGGCUCAUCAGCAGGGAGCGGAAAGGGCGUGAGUUUUGCCGAUACAGAGAAUCUAGAGGAUAUUCGCUUGAUCUCACCACUUGCUGUUCGGAAUGAAAACAUGAAGAGAUUCGAGGAAGAGGACAGACGGGAGAGGCUCAAUCAGAGAGAUAUAAAAAGGCGGGAAAGACGGAAGCGCGAGCGGGAAAGGUUUGCUGCACUCAAUCAGGCGUCAAGGAAAAAGGCGGAGGCACGACAAAAAUUAAAAGACAUUUCUGAAUCAAAGUCGGUGUGUCCUGAGACAAUGCCUCCUCUAACGUCGGGUAGUACACAGAUUGCCGAUGGUAUAAGCCAUGGUGCCAUUGAGGGGAAUAAAGAUGCUGAUAAUUCUACUUCAAAAGAAACAGAGGAGCAGAAUGUCGAAAAAGAUGGUAUUAAUGGAUUGCCGUCAUUGGAUGACGAAAAUGAUGUGGACAGUGGACAUGAAGACGCCGCUCGGAGUCCUCGCACACCAAAUUCGGAAGUUCACGAAGUCGAAGCUCUCAUGCUAGAUCCCCAAGACGGUCGGUUGUACGAGGACAUUGUCUUAGAAAAGGGCAACGGGAAAAUCACCGUGGCUCAACUUGGUUAUCGAAUCAAAAGUAUCUUCGAUCGUGACCUACCACCUCCUGCUUCUCCCAAACCGUCUUCGUCUGCUGUGACCGAAGCCGAGAUCAUUGACCACGAAACCGACAAGACGCCGAUGGACGACGAGGACGACGAUAACGAUAAGCCAUUCGUCACGAAAUGCGUCGACUGGAACGAAACGACGGAGUCGGCGAGUACGUCUCGAUCUACGACACCGGUUGAGAAGGAAGACAUGUCGGAGUUCAUCAUGUCGAUGAAGAACUGUCGCUAUAUCAGAUGGAGUAAGGGCUAUCAAGAUAUGCUCGAAAAGAUGGAGAAAUGAAUCUAAGUAGUUUCAUUGAAAGAGUCAAAUAAGUGAAACGUUAAAUCUUACAACAACAACAAAUACUAAUAAUUGGUUACACUGAACCAUACAAACUGCUGGAAAGCACAGAACUUGUAGAAAUGUUUAUACACUGUACUUCUUGUAUCAGGGACUUGAAAUAAAUUGCAACCAAGUCAACAUAUGCAGGGUCGUGGUUAUAAUGAUGGAAAACAAAAUGUAAUUGCAAUGGGAUUUCCUCAAAGCUCCAGAUAUUAAAUGAUAUAUAUAUAUAUAUAUAUAUAUAUAUAUAUGGAAGUAUCUGGUUGAAAUACGAAUUGUUAAUCUCUUUAUGCAGAGGGUUGGGGGUUCACGCUUUUGGGAUACAUUAUAGGGAUCAGUUGCUUUGGACUGUAAUCCACCCAUCUAGUGUUUGAAUUACUCUUUUGCGAACGGAUGCCACUAGUUAUGAGCGUGGACUUUUGUUACAACUCCAAACGAAGUGAUGCCUAAUAUGACUACCCCAAGUGUGCAUUUAGAGGGUAUGACACUCCCAUCUUUACAUGGGUGAGACACCCCCCCCCCCCCCCCCCCCCCAUUUAAACUAAUUGAAUCUUUGCGCAGCACAAAACCUACGACCAUUCAUUACAAGGGUCUGAAGACUAUUUAAUUAAAUGACCACGAUUGCUAAAUUCGAUUCGACAACUGACGGUCGUUAUUCUCCCACAAAAAGAUAUUUUCAAGCCCUUUUGUUUUGAGGGAAGUUGUAAAUUAGGAUUAUCUUUCAAAUGCCGUUGGAAUUAAACCUUUUCAUUUGUUGGCCUGCAAAUGGGAAAUAGUACCUUUGAGGCAUAUGCCUAAUCGCGAAAGGACAAUCUAUUCUGCGAUUUCCCAAAGUUUCCCGGUCAAAUAGGAAGGCAUCAUUCGUAUAGUAGAAUGUAUAAUCAGUCUAUACUGUAUAUUGUGAAUAAUUAUAAACAUGUGGUAAAAUUGAAA